AUAUUGGCAAAAUUAGUCCCGCCCAGCUUCAUUCACCGCAACACUAUUUUCUUUUCCUCCGCCGCUCACCGCCCCCGCUGCGAUUCUUGCACAGCUACCAACAAUCCCACUACAUCCAUAGGGACGAGAUGGACGAGAACGGAGAAAGAAAGAUUAUCAGGAAUGAAUUAAGCAGAAGAAUGAAUAGUGAAGACGAAGAAAAAGAAAAAGAGGAGGAAAUUGUUUGCUUAGACGAAUCUUUCUUUAUCAAUGACGAUUACCAGCUGACCACUUUUACAUUUGGGUCUCAUGUUCUUCAGCUUCUCUGUCUCCAAUCUGCUUCUACUGAUUUUGAUUUGACAGGGCAACUGGUAUGGCCUGGUGCCAAGCUUUUGAAUGAUUAUCUCUCAAAAAAUGUUGAGAUGCUCCAAGGAUGUUCUGUUAUUGAGUUAGGAUCUGGUGUAGGAGUUACUGGGAUACUCUGUGGCAGAUUUUGUCGUCAAGUUGUGUUAACUGAUCACAAUGAUGAAGUGUUGAAGAUCCUCAAGAAAAAUAUAGAGCUUCAUGCACCUUCUGUGAACCCAAAUUGUUGUGCUGAAUUAGAAGCUGAGAGGCUAGAGUGGGGAAAUUCUGAUCAAAUAAACCAAAUUUUAAAAAGAUAUUCGGGAGGAUUUGAUCUGAUUCUUGGAGCUGACAUAUGCUUUCAGCAGUCAAGUGUUCCUUUGCUUUUUGAUACUGUGGAACAGCUUCUUCGCUUUAGGGGAGAACAGUGCAAAUUCAUACUAGCUUAUGUAUCACGAGCAAAGAUCAUGGAUUCACUGGUCAUCAAAGAAGCUACUCGGCAUGGAAUGAGGAUGAAUGAAGUACCUGGGACCCGAGCACUGGUUGGUAAUCUUGAAGGAGUCAUAUUUGAAGUUUUUCUUGAAUAAGAAUCAGUUUCAUAUUAGGGCAAUGAGAGGCCAGGAGGACUUGGAGAACUUUGUGUGUAGGCAGCAAAUCACAAAAAAAAAAAAAAAAAGAAA